CUGCAGUGUGUGAGUGUGUGUAGUUGUUAUCCCUCCCCUGAGCAGAUCUUUAUCAAUUUGGGUACUCAAGUCUUGGGGUGCAUUUGGGUCUGUGUGUGUAUGUGGCAGAGUUUACAGUGUCAAGACAGAGUAAAGUGUCUCGGAAUCUGCAGAGAAGGGGAAGACCUCGGUGUCCAGGAAAGAGCAACCUGCACAAAAGGAUUUACACCUGAAAACACACCGUGAUUACUUCCAGAUACCUUUCAAGAUUCAAGGUUUUGGCUGGACUGUGCGUGCAGCCUAAAUGAAGUUUAACUUGUUCAAGCAUCAGACAACGCCCAUGGUUGCUGCUAAGCCAACGGGAGCCAGUGCCUUGACUGUGACUCCAGCGCCGGUCGCGUUAGUCUCGGCUGACAACUCCACCGAACCAGUCAGCAAGAACGAUGCCUUUGACGAGAUCAAAAACAAGUUCCUGAAUGAAAUCGACAAGAUUCCAUUACCGUCUUGGGCCAUCAUCGCCAUCGCUGUGGUUGCUGCUUUACUCAUUCUAACAUGCUGCUUCUGCAUCGUCAAGAAAUGCUGUUUCAAGAAGAAGAAGAACAAGAAGGGCAAAAAGGGGAAGGGUGACAUGGGAAUGAAGAACCUGAAAGGGGGAGAGAAACCACAGGAUGAUGAUGACGAAGAAGAUGACGUGGAACCUGGACUGACUGGGGAUGAGAAAGAAGAGGAAGUGAAGGAGAAGGAAAAACUAGGGAAGUUGCAGUACUCCAUUGAUUAUGACUUCCAAGAGAACAAGUUGACUGUGGGAAUCCUGCAAGCAGCUGAUCUUCUCUCCAUGGACAGCGGUGGCACCUCAGAUCCCUACGUGAAGGUCUUCGUCCUCCCUGACAAGAAGAAAAAGUUUGACACAAAGGUUCACAAGAAAACACUGAAUCCUGUCUUCAAUGAGACGUUUACAUUUAAGAUACCAUUCCAAGAGAUGGGAGGGAAGACUCUAGUAAUGUCCGUUUAUGACUUUGAUCGCUUCUCUAAGCAUGAUGUUAUUGGAGAAAUUAAAAUACCCAUGAACACCCUUGACUUGGCAAAGCCAAUUGAGGAGUGGAGAGACCUGGACAGUGCAGAUCAAGAAGAGCCGGAGAAGCUGGGUGACAUUUGCAUCUCCCUGCGUUAUGUCCCCACUGCCGGCAAGCUCACCAUCUGUAUUCUGGAGGCUAAGAACCUGAAGAAAAUGGAUGUGGGUGGACUGUCAGAUCCAUAUGUGAAAAUUAACCUGCUGCAGAAUGGGAAGAGGCUGAAGAAGAAGAAGACAACGGUGAAAAAGAACACUUUGAAUCCUUAUUACAAUGAGUCCUUCAGCUUUGAGAUUCCUCUUGAGCAAAUGCAGAAAAUCCAGGCUGUGAUCACAGUGCUGGAUUACGACAAGAUUGGCAAGAAUGAUGCCAUUGGGAAGAUCUGGGUAGGAAGCAAGGCCGCAGGGGCUGGGCUGAAACACUGGACCGACAUGUUGUCCAACCCCCGUCGCCCCAUUGCCCAGUGGCAUCCACUGCAGCCAGAGGAAGAGGUGGAUGCCGCCCUCGCAGCCCUGACUGCCAAGAAGUAAACCCACCUCCACCACCUCCACACCUACCCACCCAUGCAUUUCCCAUCAUUUCCCCAGGUCCCAAUGUAUAUUCCAGACAAACACCCCAACUGUACAUCUGCUCCCUUCUCCACAUCUCCCUCCUCCACCUUCCUCUCCCACUGCCACCUUCCAAGAGAUCCAUUGAUACCAUUUGACAUGAUGGGAAAUAUAGUUUAAAAAAAACAUCAUGUUAUAUAAAAUCAUGUCACUGAAAAAAGAAGACAAGUUACAGGAUGGACAGAUGCUCCGUUGAUUUCCUUUAGAUCUAUUUUUGUAUUGGGGUUGUGGUUCCAUUGAUAAGAAUACAGAGUAGAAGGGUAAGUGCUAUAUAGGAAUCUGGUUAU